AUGCCAUCUCCAGCCCAGCCAGGCAACACCAAGUUUACUGUUCUCAUCCGCCUGCCUUUCCCCAGAGGUGGCUUUGUGGACCCUCCACCUGUGGAAUGGAACGCGGCCAAGGACCAAGCCCUUUGGGACAUUCUUUCCCGCCCGUCAAAAGGAAAUGAUAUAGACUGGAAAGCACUUGCAGAGAGCUUUGAUGUGACUCUCCAGUUUCUCCUCCAGCAAGCAGCGUGGCUCUACGACCGCCAACUAUCGCAAGUCCGCGCGCAGAUGCGCAAAGUACCUAACCCUCAUUCAAACACUCCUUCUCCAGCUCCCGGCUCAAUAUAUGCUAGCACGGCCCUAGGGCAGCCAGCCAAAACUGGGCAAAGCAGCAAUUCGCGGGCUCCCUCUCGACUGGCUUCACAAACCAAAGAGACUCCGCCGAUACGAGCGCCAAUCCCUCGACGUACUAGCUCGGGUAACACCGUGCAGCAGAUUAAGGCCCAAGCGUCGCAUCCAGGGACUCCAACACUGGAGACUAAGGAGUCGAGGUGGGAAAUCCAGGGCCGACGGCCUUCGACGAGCAAGCGCGAGCAAACUCCAAUUAGCGCUGCUGUUCAGAGGUCACCCGCGCUCGAAGAGGAAGAUCUAACAUCUAGCUCAUCUGAAUCCAAUUCUGACGACGACAGCGAUGCUGCAGCAGGUAGAAGGGGCUUAGGGUUCAAACGCUUUGGACGCUUCUCAACCCAUCGACCGGGUUUACGAGACGAUGAUGAUGACGAUGAUGAAUCUCCAGCCUUUCUUCCACUUUCUCGAGGUCAUGGAUCUGCGUCCCAUGGGGCAUCAGGCCAUGACCUUAGUACAACCUUGAGAAUGGAGCAAGAGGGUGUAUCUGCGAUGCAGCGAAGAGCGACUGAGCCCCCUCAUGGCUUAAGAAAGUCGAUUACCACGGAGUCAUCCGGGAGCUCUAUCAGCUCUGGCGUGCCUGUCACCCGUUCUCGUACCCAGAGAGGCAAUCAAUUUAAUAGUUCCAACUCCCGACGGGUCGCGGAAGCUCCCCCUGUGAGUCCACGGCGUUCUACGAUUUCUGGGAGAGAUAUAAGCGACGGAACACCUAGUAUGGGGAGCAGCUUUAGCGAUCUAGAUGGUGAGGCCGGAUCCGUUCUUUAA